GGACGAGUCGGCUAGGUCAGAAACCCUAGAAAUCGCCCGAGUCGAGUUAUCUCGUUCCUCACCCAGCUUGAUCUCGCCCGCGACUCGUUCCCGUUUCGUAGCUCGUUCUUCUCCCGCCGCUCAACUCAAUGCGUUCAUGCCUUGCUUCAAAAUUUCCUCCAUUUUCGAGGGUUUGAGAUCCGACGAAGCUUCGAGCCAAGUAUCCGGAGGGUUCCCAGGUACGCUGAACGGACAAAUGCGGUUCUUUCCCUUCCCUUGUUUGGUACGAAAGAUGGCGAUGUUUUGGAAUUUGAAUCGAACAUGAGAGGGAAUAAACAUCUUCUCCUUUUCUGAGUCUUCCUGCCCUAAAUCGUGGGAAGAAUUCGAGACGAGCAAAUAGCUUUUGCGAGACGUCGAAUGAGAAAGAAGAACUGAUGCCGACGCAGUUGUAAUCGUCGUAGGAUUGAUCUUUGUUGCGGUAUUUAUGGAUGGAAUUAUGAUCCAAUCGUCGUAUGUCACAAUGUGCAGCUAUAUGUGGAUUUCAGAAAUAUUGAAUUCCGACAACUCGGAGCCCAUGCAUAAGCGGGAGCCAUAACGGGCUGCUCAAAUGAGAAAGAUCAGUGUGCUGCACAGCAAAACAUGAUCUUCUGAACGCUUUCUGAUCGUUCAUCUGGUGGAUAGCGACUGAAGCCGUUCCUUCUAGUAAGGCUCUUGGAGCUACCGGAUGGUUGAUACAUGGCUCCUACUGGCUCUCUUGGACUAGUUGACCCCGGAUGGGAGCAUGGCGUUGCACAGGACGAGCGGAAGAAGAAGGUUAAAUGCAAUUACUGCGGAAAGAUUGUUAGCGGUGGAAUAUACAGACUGAAGCAACAUUUGGCCCGGGUAUCAGGGGAAGUAACGUAUUGCGAAAAGUCUCCAGAGGAAGUAUGCCUGAGGAUGAAGGAGAAUCUGGAACGGUGUCGUUCCAGCAGGAAACUGAGGCUGUCCGAAGGUCACAGUGGACAGCCUUCUCCAAAUUUCCAGCGCUCUAACAACGACGAGGAUGGGGAAGAAGAAGAACACAGCAGCUGGUUUAGAAACAAGGGAAAGCAGCCCUUUGGUGAUGGGAAUCUCCGGUCAUCAGGGUACAUAGAUCCUGGCUGGGAACAUGGUGUUGCUCAGGAUGAGAGGAAGAAAAAGGUUAAAUGUAAUUACUGUGAUAAAAUAGUUAGUGGAGGCAUCAACCGUUUCAAGCAACACCUUGCCAGAAUACCCGGAGAGGUAGCACCAUGUAAAAACACUCCCGAGGAAGUGUAUCUCAAGAUAAAAGAGAAUAUGAAAUGGCAUCGUGCCGGGAGAAGACAGACGAGACUCGAUGACGUUGGAGUUUCAAAUUUCAAUGCACUCAUGCAGAAUGCUGACCGAGAAGAUGAUCAAGAGGAUGAUGAUUUCUGUUCAAUUAGCGAGGACAGGUCGGUUCGUGGAGAUAGAAGGUUUAACCAAGGCAAUAGGAAAAGCUUCAAUGCAAUGCCCAUAAGAGCCGUUUCUGAACCAAAGCCGAAGAGAUCAAGGCCGAACCCUCUUCUGAAACCACCGCACGUUUUAACCCUGUCUCUGAGCAAACAGAGAAAAACACAUACUGGUUCAAGCAGAAUAGUAUCCCGAAAGGAACUCGCUUCCGCAAUAUGCAAAUUCUUCCACCACGCAGGAGUUCCUGCAGAGGCCGCAAAUUCUCUCUACUUCCAUAAGAUGAUCGAACUGGUUGGUAUGUACGGACAGGGAUUCGUUGCCCCCUCGAGACAACUGUUGACUGGUCGGCUCUUACAAAACGAGAUCUCGACUAUCAAAGGCUACUUGGCUGAGUACAGGUCUUCGUGGAUGGUCACUGGUUGUUCUAUAAUCGCAGACACUUGGGUCAACACAGAGGGCAGGACACUGAUCAGUUUCUUGGUCUCAUGUCCCCGCGGUAUAUACUUCCACUCCUCCACUGAUGCCACCGAUGUAACUGAAGAUGCUUUCAGCCUGUUCAAACACCUCGACAAACUAGUUGAGGACGUGGGCGAGGAGAACAUCGUGCAGGUUGUCACACAUAACACUGCUGCCUAUAGAACUGCUGGAAAAUUGCUUGAAGAGAAGAGAAAGAACCUGUAUUGGACCCCAUGUGCAAUGCAUUGCACAGAACAGGUUCUCGAAGACUUCUCAAAGCUCGAAGUCGUCUCUGAGUGCAUGGAGAAGAGCCAAAAAAUCACAAAAUUCGUUUAUAAUCAACCUUUGCUGCUGAAUCUCAUGAAGAAUGAGUUCACUCAGGGGCAGGAGCUUCUAAGGCCCUCUGUCACACGCUAUGCGUCAGGUUUUGCGACUCUGCAGAGUCUGAUGGACCACAGGGUCAGUCUCAGAGGGCUGUUCCAUUCCAAUGGCUGGAUGUCGUCACCGGCUGCCAAAUCCGACGGGGGUAGAGAAGUGGAGAAGAUCAUUUCAAAUGCUUCGUUUUGGAAGAAGGUUCAGUAUGUUUUGAAAUCGGUCGAUCCAGUGAUGCAGGUUGUUCAGAUGAUUGAUGGGGGUGAGAUGCUUUCAUUGCCAUAUGUGUACAGUUACAUGUACCGGGCAAAGCUGGCAAUCAAAUCUAUUCACAAUGACGAUGCACGAAAGUACGGGCCAUUCUGGCGCGUGAUGGACUAUCACUGGAACUCGUUAUUUCAUCACCCUCUCUAUGUGGCCGCAUACUUCUUCAAUCCCGCAUACAGAUAUUGUCCUGAUUUCAUGGCGCAUUCUGAGGUUGUACGUGGUGUCAACGAAUGCAUUGUCCGGCUUGAGCCUGAUAAUAUCAGAAGAGUUACUGCAUUGAUGCAGAUUCCAGAUUACACUUCUGCGAAAGCCGAUUUUGGAACGGACCUAGCGAUUGGCACGAGAACGGAGCUUGACCCAGCUGCCUGGUGGCAACAGCAUGGGAUAAGCUGCUUGGAACUUCAGCGAGUAGCUGUACGGAUACUGAGCCACACGUGUUCGUCCUUUGGGUGUGAGCCUAGGUGGAGUGUAUAUGACCAAAUGGCGGGUAAAUGCCAGAGCCGUUUCUUUAAGAAGUCCUUUAACGACCUCACCUACGUCCAUUACAACCUGCGGCUGAGGGAGAAGCAGCUUAGGCGGCGGACACCGGACGAUACACCAUCCCUCAAUGGCACCAUGCUGGAGCAUCUGCUGAGGGACUGGCUCGCUACAACAACGUCCGAUGAGGAGACAUUGCGGGAGGAGGAGGAGGAGGAAGGGCGGGGGAACGAGGAAGACGUUGAAUACGAGGAGUGUUAUAGCGAGAACGACGAAGAAGAAGAGGAGGAAGAGGAAGAUAAUAGGAUUAGCAUUCAAGCUUUUGACAACAUUCAUCCUCGCAACGCAGACGAUGACGCCAACCUUGGCCUCUACGAUGACGAUCUUAGCGAAUGAUUUAACUCUCAUAUCAUUCUCUCCUAACUAGACUCCUUGUCGGGUCUACCAAAAAUCUCGGAUGAAUUAGGGUACCUGACCGGUAUGGCGAGCGGAUGCGACAAAUCGGCUGGAUUCACAUACAUGGCGUGAAUGAAUGAUUUAAGAAUCACAUUUCAAAUCAUAAGAUUUAAAUUGUUUAGAUUUUAAAUCAUCCCAAAAUCUUGGAUAUGCAGCAAUAUCUUUUAUCUUAAGUAACAUGAUAUAGAAUGACACGUGUCAAUUGUCUAGUCGUUUUGUUUCAAGUAACUAAUAAACGCUGAAAUAGCUGAUAA